CGCAGGUUCCUAUGGUUCCUAUGGCAACUGAUCAAACGUUUAUUGACUUGAGCUGUGCGCGCGUUCUGUGCUUGUGAACAGCAAAGCGCGCGGAUCAGCGUGAAUGCGCACUGAGCUGCGCGCCUGGUCUGGAGGAGGAAGUCUUCAUAACACUGUGGAUUCCGUGGAUUCACGCUUUGAUGUACCAUCAACAUCUAACGAACGUUUUCGCUGGAAGGUUCCAGAAAGAUUUUUGAGAGAGGCAGGUGUUUUUAAGCAGUCACAGGAAGCUGACCAUCACCAUCUCCCCAUGAUGCAUAUGAACAGCUUAUUGAACCGAUGGAAUGAGAUCUCUAAGAUGUGUGAGGUAGAUGAGACUCCGGAACCGGUCAGUCCCACGCUGCUCAGCGAGUCCACAGACACUUACUGCCAGACCGACUACUGGCACCCACUCCGAACCACCGUCCGCAAGCUGGAAUUCUGGGAGGACUUCAGCGCAGAGCUUAUCGGAACCGGCUUCUUCUCUAAGGUCUACAGGGUGAUGCACAGCACUACAAAAAAAGUAAUGGUGGUGAAGAUCUAUAAGAACGACGUGGAUCAGAACAGCAUUGUAAGGGAGAUCAGUCUACUUCAGAAACUCUCCCACCCGAACAUAGUGAGGUACCUGGGGAUCUGUGUCAAGGAGAACAAGCUGUACCCAAUUCUCGAGUAUGUUAGCGGAGGCUGUCUGGAGGAGCUGCUGGCCAGAGAUGAUGUCAGCCUCUGCUGGAGGGAGAAGAUCGAACUGGGCUGUGAUAUCAGUCGAGGAAUGACCUAUCUCCACUACAAGAACAUCUACCACAGAGACCUCAACUCUAAGGUGUGUUGGCAGCCUUUAGGGAUCAAAGUUUAGCCGUUUAUGGCAAAG